AUGUUGAACCGCAGCACCUCUCUAAUGACGGUAGCACAUGAUAAGACAGUUGGAGUCUCUUAUGUAUCUCUGCGUGAAGUACCACAAGAGGCGGUGACGUUGUUUCCCUUCUUAACAUACCGCCCACGUGCGGCCCUUAUUCCCCGCGUGUAUGCCGCCUCGCUGGGAUUACAAUAUACACAAGUGGAAACAGCGAAUAAUAAUAAUAAUAAUAAUAAUAAUAAUAAUAAUAAUAAUAAUAAUAAUAAUAAUAAGAUUGUAUCUUGUAUAGAUGCAGACUUUGAGCCACAAUCUUGUUUUGUGAUUGUGGGAUACAGAGGAUUACUCUGUGGACCUGCAAGAACACAUAGUAACGAACUUAAUCCAUCUAUUCCAAGUAAUUUCCAUUUAUUAUGUAAUGAUAAUGAUAAUGAACGAUAUACUUCGAUAUCUGAAAUGGAAGAUCCAUUAUGGAAUUCAUUAUUAUUACCAUUUCAAUACGAUUGUAAAUGGACUACAGCUCUAGGCGCAUUGUGUGGAGUUUACACCGUAAAAGGAGAUCCAACGUGGUUUCUUUUUGUAACUCACAAUUCACAAGAAGAAAAGGAAGAAUGUGAAGAUAUGAUAUUAAAUGUGAGAAUUAUACGUAUAUUAGUUGUAGAAGAGGCACGAUGUGUACAGAAAGUCAUUUUCACUUUAUUACGUCAUCAUCUCGGUGAGAAGGAAAUGAUGAAGAAAAAGUUAUAUCAUACACUUUCUACAGUAAAGGAACUUUUCUUCACUGCCAGACAAUUCACAUCUUUACAGAAACAGAAGAAUACAUGUAAUUCUUCACUCGCAUCUUCUUUCACACGAGAAGAGUACGUGCAAUUAGCAGAGAGAAUGAUAUCAAAACAAUUAGCAUCUGUUCUUAAUAGUACAGUACCCAUAGUUGCCCAACUCCCAAACUCUAUUCAUAAGGAUUACCCAAAUGAUAUACCACUACUACAUAAAGGAAUGGAGAACUCUGAAGAAGAAAAAGAAGUAAAAACAUGUAAAGAUGAUGUUGAUAAUGAUGUUAAUAGGAUGAUGAUUAGACUUUCACCACCACUACAAAAUGCGUUGUUAACUCUACGUGAGGAAUUACGGCAAAGACGUUUAUACCUUGAAGAACAGCAGAAAGAGUAUGAUACUCUGCUGGAAACAAGGCAAAAAAGAGAAGAACGACACCGUGAUCUUUUAGAAAAACUAAAAAAGGUACGAACCCAACAAGAGACAAUAACAGAAGAAAGUAAUGAACUCAUGACUAGACUCGUAGAGGCGGAACAUAAAUGUAGUGAAAUGGCAGAGCAGCGAGAAAAAGAACGAUUGGAAGAGGAACAACGAUUACGUGAAACCGAGAAAAAAUUCGAAAAAAUUAUUGAGGAUAAUUUACGAGAAUUAGAUCUAUUACGUCUGGAGAAACUACAAAGCGAGGAAGAGGCCAUACGAGGGGAAUUAAUACAGAAAGAGUCUCUGCAAAGAAUGCAAUGUGAACAUUCCGUAUUAAUCCCACAGGUGGAGUUGCUGAAUAAAGAGUUAACGGCAUUACUGCAGACUCAACGAAAGACUGAAAAGAUAAAAUCCCUUCGCCGCCAUCCACACACAUCUACUAUCCCUAUGAUCUCUUCAACGAUCACUACUGUAAGUAAUAUGAAUAACGAUGCGAAGGAGAAGGAAGAGAGACGCCGGGCAUUAAAUGAGGCCCGUGCGGAGAAUGCGGCGCUGUGCAAAUUGCUGGAAUCGCAACAGCGGGAGAAAAACACGGCGAUGGCACUCACCGCCGAACACACCGCCGCGCUGCGCCGAACAGUUGCGGAAAUUGACGCACUGGAAAAACUGCAGGCCGUGCGGGUUGUGGAGUUGGAGGCCCUCGUCGCCACCACAGCCGCACUGCGAGCAGCCAAAGAGAAGUGCAAUGAAAUAACAACAACAACAACAAGAAGAGGAAGAAGAAAAGAAGAAGAAAUAGUGGCGAGAACAGAAGGAAACACAUCAGCCACACGGUUACUUUUGCAACAGCAACGUACAAGAAGAUUGAUGCAAUCCAAAGAGGAGACAGCAACGCUAUUGCGAAGACUGAAGGGGAAUCUUGAGAUGUGA